UAUUACGUCAUUGAGUCAAGCAGAGCACAACCAGGAACAACACGUCUUUACAAAAUGAACCAAUUUUACGAUUUCCAUCAUAUAUUAAUAGAUAACCAUACAGCGCCAUCUAGAAAUAAACAUUACAAGGUAUGGUUGAACUGUAUGUCUUAGAGAUCUAAACUAUCGUCACCCCUCUAUAUGAUUAUUCUUUAAACCACCCAAGCUUCUUGGAAACAGUCAGAUAUUCAGAUGACUAUGAUGCUACGAAACACGCGAUCUUUCCUAAUAAGCUCAUCUAGAGCAGUUGCGUCGCCAAAGUCUAUAGCCUCAUGGGCACCAAGACCACACCUAAGGACUGCUGUCACAGCUACUAAGUUCAAUUCAACAUACCCAAGAGCGCCUAUUUCCCGCAAACCCUCCCCAAUACAAACAACGUCAUACGUUACCAAGACGCCGAGUGGCUUCCAACAGGGAACGGACCCAGAAGAAGACAAAAGAAUCGGCCAGCGUAAACUUGAGUCGAACCCAGAAGUGGUAACCACAGAGUCGAGUGUCCGUCAUUUUUAUGAGUCCAGCGGCCAAGGAGAACAGAAAUCUAUCAAGCAUGGAAUCAGAGAUGAUUUGGAAACUGUCAAGGAUACUUUUGACCUCUCAGAAGUUCCAAAAGAGCCACUCUUCCUUGGGCUUGCAGGCACCUUGCCUUACUUCGCCACCUCUCUCUCUACCGUUUACCUUGCAUGGAAUUUGAAUACUGAAUGGCCGACGACAUCCAAUUUCCUAAACAGUAUAUUAAUAAGCCAUGAUACGGCUCGGCAUUUACUUGCUGUCAUCGAGCCCAUACAAUUAGGCUACGGCGCCGUUAUAAUAAGCUUCCUCGGCGCAGUCCAUUGGGGUAUGGAGUACACCGAAAAGACACCCGACCCAGCUCGCACGCGAUUCCGGUACGGACUUGGUGUACUAGCCCCUGCGGUAGCAUGGCCUACAUUGCUCAUGCCUAUGGAUUUUGCACUCACAGCUCAGUUUGCGGCCUUUGUACUGCUGUACGUCGCUGAUUCCCGAGCUACCGUUCGGGCUUGGGCACCCUCGUGGUAUGCAACGUACCGAUUUGUAUUAACCGCUAUCGUGGGAACUGCACUCUUCAUCAGUCUCAUUGGCCGGAUGAAAGUUGGCGAUGCCAAGCCAAGGCUGACAGGUGUGGAUGAAAGAUUACACAAUCGAUGGGGUGAAGAGGACUAUAACGAGAAGUGGGAAGAGCUUGAGAGAAAGGAUAAAGAAAAAAUGAAGAAGGAAAAGGAGGCCGAAGAGAAGAAGAAAGAAGAGGAGCAGAAGGACGAGGAGCAGAAGGACGAGAAGAAGGAUGGUGACCAAGAAGAGAAAAAGGGGGAAGAAAAAAAGGAGGGAUCGGACGAGUAACUGAAUGCAUUGAAAAGAUUUAAGCUAUAAGCUUUGCAUACCUAGGAGGUACCUAUUGGGAUAUGCUUGUUGAAAGUUGGCGGGUUUGUUACUCAGAGAUCAGUUGCUCAGAGAUAAUGUCAAAUAAUGUUAGGUACUUGUUAAUUAGGAGGCCCGGGCUUUUUCAUGCGAUUCUUCCAACAUAAUACUGGCAUGCGAAUUAAUUCAAUUGCCUUGCCUGAAAUCAUCGAUUCCCAGGGUUUUCAUUUGGGCCAUAGUUUGACUAAUUGUCAGAUAUAUAAGCUCCCAUUGUUGUAAUUUCGAUUAUGAACCUUUCAUAUAACCCGAGUAAACUGGAUAAGCUUAACAAGAGCUAGACAACGCCAAGG